AGUGAACCUGACGCCGAGGCAGAACCUCCCGCGCGUCAUCCUCAAGGGAAUCUUCCAGGGGGUUAAAGUAGUCCGUGGACCAGACUGGGACUGGGGGAACCAAGACGGUGGUGAGGGUAAGGUUGGCAAAGUGGUGGACAUUCGUGGCUGGGACACGGAGUCCGGCCGCAGCGUGGCCAGUGUCACCUGGUCCAACGGCACCACCAAUGUCUACCGAAUGGGCCACAAAGGCAAAGUUGACCUAAAGUACGUGUCGGAUGGCCAGGGAGGCUUUUAUUACAAAGAUCACCUACCGAAGCUUGGUGAGCAUGCAGAGCUCCAGCGGCAGGAGAGCGCUGACGGCCACUCUUUUCAGCAGGGAGACAAAGUCAAAUGUUUGCUGGAGGUGGACAUUUUGCGACAGAUGCAGGAAGGACACGGAGGGUGGAACCCCAAAAUGGCCGAGUACAUUUGUCGGAUCGGCACUGUUCAUAGAAUAACUGACAGAGGAGACGUCCGCGUCCAGUACAGCAACAACAUCCGCUGGACUUUCCACCCGGGAGCUCUUACCAAGGUGAACACCUUUGGAGUGGGCGAGCUGGUUAAAGUAUUGGACGAGCUGGAAACCGUGAAGAGACUUCAGGCUGGCCAUGGGGAGUGGACAGACAGCAUGACUCCUGUGCUUGGCCAGGUGGGAAAGGUGUUGAAAGUAUAUGCAGAUGGUGACCUACGGGUGGCAUUUGGAGGCCAGACGUGGACGUUCAACCCAGCGUGCCUUUCAGCCCAGCCUGCAGAGGUCGAUGCAAACCUUAUGACAGCCGAGAACCCCAACGAAUCUGGAAGUACGGUCAUCUCCGUGCUGGAGAAGCUGCUGUCUCAGUCCACAGAGCAGGACAACCCCAACAGGCUCGUCAUCGAGGCAGCCCACGGCAGUGCCAACAAAGUGCGCGAGUUGGUGCAAAAGUAUCCUGACAAGGUGGAUAUCAAGAACCAAGGCAAGACGGCUCUGCAGGUGGCCGCUCACCAAGGCCACACAGAUGUGGUGAAGGCCCUGCUGCAAGCCAACAGCUCGGUCGAGGUUAAGGAUGAAGAUGGAGACACGGCAUUACACUACACUGCCUUCGGUAACCAGGCUGAGAUCGCCCGGCUGCUGCUGAGCAAAGGGGCGAAUGUCAACGUACUGAACAACUCCAUGUGUACAGCGCUCCACAUUGCUGUCAACAAGGGCUUCACUGACGUGGUGCGAGUGCUGACCGAACAUUCGGCUGACGUCAAUCUCCAGGAUUCAUAUGGGGACACGCCGCUUCACGACGCCAUUGCCAAGGAUUUCCGCAGCAUCAUCGAGAUCCUGGUGGUAGUGCCCAACAUUGACUUCACCCAGCAGAACCACAGAGGCUUCAACCUGCUUCACCACGCUGCUCUCAAAGGGAACAAACUGGCCACAGAAAAGAUCCUGGCUCGAGCUCGGCAGCUAGUGGACGUCAAAAAGGAAGACGGCUUCUCUGCCCUGCAUCUGGCCGCUCUCAACAACCACAGAGACGUCACCGAGGUCCUCAUCAAGGAGGGGCGCUGUGACGUCAACAUCCGUAACAACCGUAACCAGACGCCCCUGCAGCUGGCCGUCACACAGGGCCACACGGAACUGGUGCAGCUGCUGGUGGACGAGGGCGCCGACGUCAACAUGGAGGACGAGGACGGUGACACGGCCAUGCACGUGGCCCUCCUUCGCCCGCAGCUGGCCAACGUCAUGCUCACCCCGUCAGCAGGGAGCAGCAGCACGGAGGAGGGCACCGAGGGCUGCUCGUCCACGUCGCUCUACUGCAGGCUGAACUCUUCGGGUCUCCUGGGGAACGCCGAGCUAAACGUCGGCAUGGGUAUCGCCUGUUUUCUGGCCCAGGAGGGUGCUGAUAUCAGCUACGCCAACCACAAAGGCAAAAGUCCUCUGGACCUGGUGGCAGACAGCACCAUGCUGCAGCUCAUCAAGAACUUCUCUGAGAAGCACAGGUUGCAGCGUCUGCAGGCCAUCACAUGUGGACAGGGCUUGAGCAGCGCAAGCAUGCGGCGGGUCCACACAACACCCAACACCAUGACCAACCUGGUUUUUCCCACGCCGCCUGGUCCCAGUGAAUGCCUCAUCUGUUCUGAGCUCGCUCUGCUGGUUCUCUUCUGUCCCUGCCAGCACAGCGUGGCCUGUGAAGAAUGUGCUCAUCGCAUGAAGAAAUGCAUCAAAUGCCAGGUGACGAUAACCAAGAAGAUACGACAAGACCAAACGGAGGUGGACUGCAGCCCUGGCACAGAGAACUCUGAGCAGCACAACCUGCUGGAGCAGCUACAGUCCCGCUACAGACAGAUGGAGGAGCGCAUCACCUGCCCCAUCUGCAUCGACAACCACAUCAAGCUGGUCUUCCAGUGCGGACACGCCUCCUGCAUCGACUGCAGCGCCGCGCUCAAGACCUGCCCGAUCUGCAGGCAGACCAUCCGGGAGCGCAUCCAGCUGUUUGUCUGAGCAGGAAGGGCCGCAGAGGCGCAGCGCUCUCGUCCCCCUCCUCUCUGGCCGCUGCAGCCUCCCCGCGCCUCUGAUUAAACAUUCACACAACUUUUUUCUAAAAGACCCUGCUUAAUAUUGCUCAGAGUCCACUGUUACAUGUUGGUUCGUUUCCAUCUCGAGCAGCGCAGGAACAUUGCUUUAAUUUUAGCUCCUGCAGCAGGACUGACUCUUUGCUGAGCCCGCGAGGAAUCACGCGAGGCAGAGUUGAUGCGACGCCUCCUCUUUGAAUCCUCUGAUUGGUAAAGAAGCAGCGGAAAGGAAAAAAAAAAAAAAAAGCGGUUCCUCCUUGUGUCUCUUGUUCCCUCCCACGACUGUUGUAGUUUGUCCCAUCUUUGCUGCUUUAAGUGGAUGUCUGUUACCCAUCAUCCUCUGUGUUUUUUUUUUUUGGCCUCUUUUGUUUACAAGUCUGCACAGAGAUGAGUGGUUGUCCUCAUUCUGCUCAGCCCGUGAAGUGUAUUGCUCUAAUUUACAACUAUCUCUUAAUUAUCAACGCAAGGCUCUCCAGAGAGCAGGUAUAGCUGAAAGCUCUCUACGUAGACCCCAAACACCUCUGUCUGUAUUACAGUGGGGGGCAGACACUAUAUAUGCAUGACUUUAUGCAUAUUGUAAAGCUAAAAAUUACUUUUGGUCACAUAAAAUGUUUUCUUGACUUUAGGGUUACGUUUGUGGCUGUCAAUAUACCAUUGACUACAGAGUUUUAUUUAUGUGUGAAAGGGGAUGUUAUGUUAUGUUUUUUUUUUUUUUUUUUUUGCUUAGCAAAAAAAGAUUUUUGUUUUAUUUCUACUGAGGUUCAACCCAAGCCUAUGUCCGCUACUCAGGGUAUCGCAUCUUGGAAUCACUCGGAAUAUCUCUAAAUGUUUAAAGAGGCCUUUCCCAGACUCUCACACUAACACCAUUACAGCGCAUUGUGUCCAAUUGUUAUAGUGGGUCACCGAGGGGAAGAAAAGUAACAAGAACAAAGUAUUAGAUUUGCUGUUAAUGACUAAAAUACACACAAAACACACACACGUAAAUCUCAGUUGUAACGUGGAUAGUUGCAGGGCAGUUUCUGCAACAUAUUCCAUUUCCUUUCCAAACUUUCUAGACAAAGAUGCGAGAAGUUGCAAACUUUUCCAAAUGAAGGAAUAAGAUAAGAUAAGAUAAGAUAGGCUUUAUUGAUCUCACAUUGGAAAAAUUCACAUAAUGGGAUCAUGGCCUGGAUCAACGUUAAUUAUCUUUUCAAUUCCAAGCAUCUCAUGUUUCCUUUUAACAAAUUAAUCCAGAACUUUCUGGCCUCAUAUUUAAUACCCGUCCUGGCUGAUUCAGGUAAAAGUAGGCCUUGCUAAUUACGACCAUUCAGACUUUUCAUUAAAAUCAGUCCUGAGUGAUCAGAUCCCAGUCACCCGGUUUAUAUGCGACACGCGACGGAGCUGGGCCGUCAUCAAACCAACCAACAGACAGCUACGUUGUUGUCAACGAGGUGAAUAUUCAUUUUGAUUACAUCUUUCUUAUUUCUGCUAAACUCGUUAUGAGUUUCGUUUUUUUAUCUUAACAUACAUGAUUAUAGAGAGAUGGAGAGUAAAUAAUGAAGAAAACUCAGCACCAGCGCACAGGCACUAAAGAUUUUACCCAAGUGCACAGCGCUGGCGGCUUGCUGGCGGCUUGCUGGCGGCUUGCUGGCGGCUUGCUGGCGGCUUGCUGGCGGCCAGCAUCUGCUCCACACACCUUUAUUAGCCUACACACUGCAAAAUCUAAUCUAAAUCUAAAAUCAGCAAAAUGUUCUUAAACAUAGUGUUUUUAUCCUUGAUUUGAGCAGGUAAAUAAUAUCAUCUGCCAAUAGAAUUAGUAUUUUGACCCUUAAAUUAGGAUAAUUAGACAUCCUGCAGUUGAAAUAAGGCGAUGGAGAUAAAUCGUUCCAAUUUUAAGUGCAAAAAUCUUAUUCUAUUGACAGAUCAUCUUUUUUACCUGCUCAAAUCAAGAACAGAUACACUAAUUUACUUAUUUUUAGUUCAGUUUUUGCAGUGCACACAUUAUGCUGUGUAAAUGUGACACAUAUAGAAAGGUUAUAUGUGAUUUUUAUGAGUCCUUUUAUAAUCUGGUGACCCCAGUGGAUUUAGUCAACUCCAACAACAGAAAAGAUGUUAAAAUAAGCAAACUAUAUAGUGCAGGAGCACUAACUCCAGCUGAUAUACACUGAUUUAUGUGAGGGCAUCUUUUAUUGAGUUUAUUCAAAUCUAACCAAGAAAAUCUUAUCUAUAGAGUCUAGACAUCUAUUUAAUCAUGUUUGGUGAAAACAUUGCUGAUUAUGGCAUCACUGUUUAUAGAAGGGUUUGUUUUGUUUUUUUCUAAUUGGGGAGUAGUCCAUGUAGCUCUGCUCUUCUAGCAGAAUCGGGUCAACUCAGCGGGGGGGACUUCUCAAUCUCCCAGGAGGGAUUUUGUUCAGACUGCUAAACUAAAUGCUUAGAUAUACCUCUCUCCACCUGUGAAUGUGAGCCACUUGGACCUCACAGAGGAGCAAGCACUGUUUUCCUUGGGGCUAUCAGCGUCCCUGGCGGUGCACACAGCCAGCGGCAAAGAUGAUUGCAUUUCAGUCACAUGGGCUUUGUGGUCGAUCAGACCUGAAGGGGGGAAUUAAGACUAAUGCAGAUAAAUUAAAUCCUACUGAGGUGGUCUGAGGAAAUCUGUCCUCAAAACGUUUUAAAAACACGUCACACCUGUAUUUAGGGUUGUUCUGGUGCGGUGGGAUUGUUCAGGACGGAUGUUAUUGCCAGGUGCGAACUGGUUUAACAGAAUGAAAUAUCGCUAAUAAAUCCAAGAAGGGCCCCUAAACUUUAUUUCUGGCUGCGCUGGUCUGCUCCUUUGGGUUUGUCACUGGAUCCCCCCUUUAAAACAGGCUAAUCAAUGCUUUCUUUAUCUUUUAGUUUUUAUCGGGUGUAUUGUGCAAUGUUGAAUCAAAAACCGUGACGUUUCUGUCUAAGAUCCAUAGCUUGUCUUACCAGUCAACUAUGUCAGAAGCAAGCCGUCCCUUUUUCUCCUCUGGAGUUCUGGAUUGUACAUCAGCUUAGUCCUGUUUAGUGUGUUGGUGUGUUUUCUUGAAGGGCUUAUGCAUAUAUGACAAAAAAAUAAAAAAUAAAUCUAGUCAAAUCUUAAUUUGAUCUUAAUAAAAAAACAAAUAAAAAUAAAAAACAGAUCUGGAACCUCCAGAGACAGGAGGGUUUUUAUGUCUUUAGUAGCUCCCAGAUUGCGGGAGAGCCAAUGUUAAAGAUGUACAUUUGAAUGUUAGUAGGGGAGAUAAUGUAUCCUGUCUCACGCUGCCUUUUUAUGUGCGAAAAAAAAACAACAAAAAAAAAACAUACAAAGAAAAGAGCUAGAAUAUCCUCGUGGUUUACUAUGAGGAGGGAACUUUUACAUCAGUGCCAAAUCGCAUGAGGAUGUGCAUGAACAUGCACGCCCGUUACUACACAGACGCACUCUUCUGCCCCCACCCCCAUCCCACCUCGGAGAGCUUGAUUAUUCCCGCGGCGUGAUUUAAAGUGAAACAAAGCGUAGUUUUGGAUCAGUAGUAUUAUCUCUGCAGUUUGUGGUGUUAGCCUUCUAGCUUCAGCGGUCACACUCUGAACCUCCAUGACAGGUGAUGCUACUCUCAUUCCCAAAACAUGAUCUGUUUAGAGCUUUUUACAGCUAUAUACUUAUAUAUAAUAUAUAUAUAUAUAUAUUUAUAUUUUGUGACACAUUAUCAACCAUGGGACAUGUUUCUUACAGAUGUUUCAGUAUUUAAGGAUUGUCCUUUUGGUGUUCUUAGUUGAAGGGUUUACAGGCGAGGCAAUAAUGUUAAAGAAAAACGUGUAAAAUUGUUUUAAUUUUCUUUUCCUCCUUUAAGGAGUUUUGCUGUGAGCGCGGCUAAACGGUCUCUGUAUAAAAGUUGUCAAAUAAAGCAGCAAAUGUUACUGUUGGUGUUUGUACAGUUCAACUCUCGAAGUUCUGAUGUUGGCCUUACUGUCCAUUCCUCCUCUGUUGAUGUUUUUUUUUUUUUCUGUUGAAUUCUGUACAAAAAUAUUUUGCAAUAAAUACGGAACUGUUUUUCAAAG